UUCAAAAUGCAUGAUAGAUUAAUAUUGAUUUAAUUCUUAAGCAGGGGGUUUUGGUUGUUAAAGGCUGUCAAUUACGAUAUCAGUAAGUAAUACUUUAUUCAUACAAGCAGCUAUAUGGUUAAGCUUGCCUUUCCCUUUAAUUUUGCGAUAUGAAGAAAAAUAAAUAAACUGGGUCUUUAAAACUACAUACAUGUAGCUUAUAAAGACUGUCACCGUGCAUUUAAACCGUAGAACUAAACCUGUAGACAGAAGGUCGAAAUAUCAGGGAGGCCAUAUUGGAUUUACGUGUGUGACAUAUUGCAGUGCCAUGAAAUUGUUAAAACUGGAUAAGAUAAAUGAGUGAUGUGACUCAGAUACCAGAAAUGCUACACCCCCAGCGCAGUGCCCAGGACGUCCUACUGUGUGACCUCUGUGAAACUGUCCCCCUAGAGAGUAACUGCGAACUUUGUAAUGUAAACUUCUGCAAGGCCUGUGUUAGGGAACACCUCUCUGAUUCAUCUAAAAAACACAAUGUCGUGUCCUAUUUACACAGAAAGUCUCCUAGCUACCCAAAAUGUGCGAAACACGCGGAUAAACAUGGCGAACUUUACUGUGAGAAAUGUGACAUUCCUGUCUGUUCUACCUGUGUCUCAAAAAAACAUAGAGGGCACAAUUUAUGUGGUGUUCUGGAAAAAUUCGCCUCUAAAACGGAAAUGUUGCAAAAAGAUUUAAAGGAACUAGAGAGCAGAAUUUAUCCCCGAUAUGAAAAAAUGGCGUCCGAUGUCCAGAUAGAGAAAUCUGAGUUACAAACGAAUUACGGGGAACUGACAACAGCUGCCGACCAACAAGGAGAAGUCUUGCACCAAAAGAUUACCGCCAUUGUCAACCGACGGAAAUCCAACAUCGAGGAGGUGAAAAAGAAACACCUGGCUGCCUUAGAUAAAAAUACAGAUAAAAUUACACAGAGAAUUACAGAACUUAGAAAGAUCAUUGAGGACCUGAAGAAAAUACUGAACACCAAGGACGUCUCUCUAACGUCUACUUACAAAUCUAGGAAUGGUGAGUUCCGACAAUUACCUCCUAAAGUCCGAGUUACAUUACCGAGUUUAUCUCCUUCCAACAUAAACAAAGAUCAGCUCAAUAAAAUGGUUGGUUCUCUGUCAUCAUUGUCCAUCACAUCAGAAAAACAUGGCUACACAAUGAAGUCACCAGAAGCUGCAUCGUCUCCUCCAGUCAAACCACUGCUUGAUGAACCGCGACUCACCGCCACCAUAAAAACUCGGUAUGAGAGACUAUUCAGCGUUAGCUGUCUCACUGAUGAACAAGUCUGGACACGUGGACAUAACAAAAUCAUGAAGCUCCUCAACCUCCGGGGUAAACUAUUGACAUCAAUACAAACCAAGACAGGCAUUGGACUACGGGACAUAACAGUGACACGGGACGGAGAUCUUGUUUAUACUGACGAUAAUAAUAAAACUGUAAACCUAGUGAAGAAUACACAGAUACAGAUCGUGAUCACACUACGUGGAUGGGAACCUCUCAAUGUCUGCAGUACCUCUUCUGAUGAUCUCUUGGUUAUCAUGAUCAGUAAUGAUAGAAAACAGUCCAAAGUUGUGCGUUACUCUGGCUUCACAGAGACACAAACCAUUCAGUUUGAUGAUAAGGGUCGUCCUCUCUAUUCAUUCGAGAGUUACCCUAAAUACAUCAGUGAGAAUAGGAACAUGGAUAUCUGUGUGGCUGACCGUGAAGUUAAUGCAGUAGUGGUGGUCAAUCAGUCAGGAAAACUCCGAUUUAGAUACACUGGUCAUUCCUCUAAUACCGAGGAAACAUUUGAUCCAAUUGGCAUCACUACAGACAGCCAGAGUCACAUCCUGACAGCAGACAGUUACAAUCAUUGUAUCCACAUCUUAGAUCAGGACGGACAGUUCCUACGUUACAUUCACAACUGUGAUUUACACCGCCCAUGGGGUUUAUCUGUGGACAUCAGAGACAACCUAUUUGUGGCUGAGUGGGACACUGCUAGAGUGAAGAAAAUUCAAUAUCGAUAAACAGUAUUAAUUACACAUCUCCACAGUGUUAAUACACAUCUAAUUACAUAUCUAAACACCGCGUUAAUUACACAUCUAAACACAGUGUUAAUUACAUAUCUAAACACCACGUUAAUUACACAUCUACACACCGCGUUAAUUACACAUUGAAACACCGCGUUAAUUACAUAUCUAAACACCGCGUUAAUUACACAUUUAAUUACCUAUCUAAACACAACGUUAAUUACAUAUCUAAACACCGCGUUUAUUACAUAUCUAAACACCACGUUAGUUACAUAUCUAAACACUGCGUUAAUUACACAUCUAAACACCGCGUUAGUUACAUAUCUAAACACUGCGUUAAUUACACAUCCAAACACCGCGUUAGUUACAUAUCUAAACACCACGUUAAUUACACAUCUAAACACUGCGUUAAUUACACAUCUAAACACCGCGUUAAUUACAUAAUUAUCUAAACACCGCGUUUAUUACAUAUCUAAACACCGCGUUAAUUACAUAUAUAAAACCGUGUUUAUUACAGAUCUAAACACCGCGUUAAUAACACAUCUAAACACCGCGUUAAUUACACAUCUAAACACCGCGUUAAUUACAUAUCUAAACACUACGCUAAUUGCACAUUUACACAGCUCUAUGUUGAGCACGGUAAUAAACACCAUGGUAAUUACAAUACUGUCUUAAUUACAGCUGUGUUAAUUACACCGGUGUUUGUGAUUAACGUGUGUAUUAACAGUGAAUGUGUGUUUGCUCCUACGUCUGAUUGAACAUUUGUUUGUUUUCUGUAUUAUGUUUCAAUGUAUAUAUAGAUACUGUGUACAGGAUUAUUUUUGCUCCGUGUUAUUUUCGCCAUUCUGCACUUGCUGACGAUUUUGCUCCGUGUUAAUUUCGUCUUUCUGCACUUGCUGACGAUAUCACCCUGUGUUAUUUUCGCCUUUCUGCACUUGCUGACGAUAUCACCCUGUGUUAUUUUCGCCUUUCUGCACUUGCUGACGGUUUCGCUCCGUGUUAAAUUCGCCAAGACACAGUUGUGUUAAAAAAGAAAUGAGGAAAAAAACUUUGCCGCCCGGUCUUAUACUCUCCCACUAACAACAGGGGCGAAAAUAAAACGGGGGCGAAUAUUUCCCACUAACAACAGGGGCGACAGGGGCGAAAAUAAAACGGGGGCGAAUAUCUCCCACUAACAACAGGGGCGAAAAUAAAACGGGGGCGAAUAUAUCCCACUAACAACAGGGACGAAAAUAAAACGGGGGCGAAUAUUUCCCUGUGUACAGUGAAUAAACAUGAUCUAAAGUC